CACAUUCUCAUUUCAUUAGCAUAGAAAUAAAUUCGAUUUCUUCUAUACGCAGAUUAUCUAGCGCUACCUAUUGUCAUUAUUUAUACCGUAUAUCGUCUCGUUUUUUUAACCAUUACUCCGCAACAGAAACCAUGGCUCCUGGCGGAAUUUCGACGAGGCAGAAGAGCUGCAAUGCCUGCGUAAAAAGCAAGCGACGUUGCGAUAAACAGAUACCUUCUUGCGGAAACUGUCUCAAGCGGAGAUUCCCUUGCUCAUACGGAGGCAAAUCGGCUAUGCAAUCCCACUCAAACUCCGCAAGUGGUUCUAGUUCAGGCUCUGUUGCUAGUCCUCCAGCGGUCUAUGAAAGUAGUUCUGCAUUGCAUAACGGGUUCUCUGCCAUAUUCGACAUGGACUUGGAUUUUCCUGAUGCGACACUACAUUUUGAUGGGGCUUUAGAAUCUUUACUGAAUUCAAUGGCGGAUAAUCAAUUCAAUGAUACAGACAAGUUGUCCGGCCUCCUAGGACGAGAUGCGCAAACAGGUCCUUCAUCGACAAGUAAAUCCCUAUCACGGAUAGAUUAUUCCAAGAUAGCACCUGUGUGCGACGACUUCGAACCGUGGCAACUCACGGACCCUUCGACUAGGAUUUGCUAUAUAGUAAAUGUCCUCAAAAAUUUUCAUACUACCUUCGCUCAGUAUAAGUCAACUAUAUACAUGCAUGGUCAGUUGUAUGCAUCAAACCCACCGCGAUGGAUCUUACAGGCCUUUGCUACGUGCGUUCUGUACACGAGCCAGACGGCUGCAACUCGUGGCUUUGUCCUGAAGAUUCUCCAGGAGAACGUCAACAACCUCAUCCACACAGCUAGUGGUACAUCAUUUACACCACGAGAAAAACUUGCAAGGGUUCACGCUCUUAUGGCCUACCAGACUAUUCGUAUGUUUGAUGGAGACAUCGCACUUAACCAGCAAGCCCAGAAUGAUAUGCCCAUCAUGGAAGCCUGGAAUGAAGAACUAAGAAAAAUAAGGGAUAACCUUAAUGAUGUAUUUGAAUUAGAUAUGAUUGAACUCCGCAAAAAGCAGCCUGAGUCGUGGGAGCGCUGGUUGUUUGCAGAAAGUGUUAGGAGGACAUAUAUCAUUGGCCUAGCUCUCAGGACAUUCUGGGAUCUAUUAAGGGACCAAGGCGAUGAGUCUGACUUUGGUAAUUGGGAAUACAUCCACCGAUGGACUCUAUCCAGGCACCUAUGGGCUGCUCAGAACUCAUUUGAUUUCUGGAGAGCAUGGAAUGAAAAGCCUAUGUGGGUUAUAAACGCCUUUUGCUUUGACGAGUUUCUGCGAACUGGAAAAGGAGAUGACAUAGACGAUCUUGCCUUGGUCUUUUUGGUAUUGUCUUUUGGUUUGGACGAAGUGAAGACGUUUUGCUAUGAGACUAGCAGAAGACUUCUAGAAUAGAAGUAUUCCUUCCGUACGGGAAGCCUACCGCAACUCCGCAACUAGGAUGAUCCACUCCUAGUCCGCAGUCGCGGAGCGGACUACAUAUGACAGACACGGAUAAUAUAGAACGAACUCCUUACGAUGGAAUUGGCAUUGCCACUUUAUGAUCGUGAUAUAAAUACCUCUGGCCCAGUUCAGAUCGAAAAUAGUGAAUACCUACCGCCUCUCAAGUCAUCGAUCCCCCUUAUCUCAACUCUCAUACCAUCG